CUGAAGUUCAUCGACCAACAAAAAGAUUCGUGAGUCAAAUAAAGCUGCCUGUUUCCCGCUGGUAUAAUCCUUUCAGUCUUAGUGGGUUGGCGCAUCUCUAGUCAGGUACGUAGCCGUUCUCAUUGGAGAUGCUGCAUGUUUCACCGCAGGUGCGGGGAAUUUCGUGUUGCCUAGAAUUCAUCAUGAUUGAAGUAUAAGUAUCAAUCCACUGUCCCUUCUCUUUUCCUUCCUUCUCAUACACUUCCCAUCCGGAUAGAGAGCACACACAAUCCCCAGAAGUACCACAGCAAUGGCAAACGAACCUCCUCACAAGCAAGAAUUUCGCAUUCGAGACCUGACUACUCGAAAGGUCACCCUCUUCCCCACCAGAGCACAGAUCAUCCGAGACAUCAAGGAAAUCACUCUUCAACCAGGCGCCAACCAAAUCGUCAUCGAUGGUCUUACCCCCACGGUCGACGAGCAUUCCAUCAAGGUCGAAGGAACUGGUUCCGCCACGAUCACAGAUGUCACGAUCGACUUCAUUGCCAAUCGAGAAGUCUAUGAAGAUAUCUAUCCAUCCGACUCCGAGGAUGAAAGUGACUUGGAGGAAGACGACUCUGAUGUUGAAGUCGAUGAGAUGAAAGCCAUCAAUGAGAAAUUGAAGCAGCUCAAUGUCAAAAUCCUCGACGAGCAAGAGAAGAUCAAUUCUGCUGCUCAUCGUCUGAGAAUCUGUGAUGCAUUCGGCAACAGCGUUGAGAAGAAUCGCCCACCACCAAACGAUCUCGAGACCCUCAUCAAAGCUUACGAGGUCGAACGUCAAAAGAUCUAUGGUGCCCAUGAGAAGGCUACCUCGGAGGUUGCCAAGAUCAGAGAAGAAAUGGCCAAGGCUGAGAAGCAGAAGCUCAAGGUAGCAAAGGCGGUGGUCGAAGCCAAUGAGAAGUCGAAGAAGGAAAAGGAGAAGGCCAAGGAGAAGAAGUUGCGAAAGAAGGCAGAAAUCUCCAAGGAGAAGCAAAGAAUCAGGACUGAAAGAGAGACAUUCUGGCCAAAGAAGGUUUACUGUGUCACCAUCAACAUUGAAACUUCCAGCUUCACUCCAGGAAGCUCUCGUCGCAACUCCAUCGAUGGAGACACCAUCAUCAAUCAACCAUCCAGUUCCGGUCUCGCAACCUCCGAGUUCCACGAGCCAUCGACCAAACCACUCAAGACUGGCGAGAUCAGUUUGUCACUCUCGUACAUCACGUACUCGGCUUCGUGGGCUCCUCGUUACGAUCUCAGUUUGAACUCUGUCAAGCUCACUGGCCUUUUGGAGUAUGGUGCAGAGCUUAAGAAUACCACUUCUGAAACCUGGCGUGAUGCUCAUGUUCUUCUGUCCACAUCCCAAACCACUUUCUCCGGUCUCAGCGAAACGAUCCCUCAGCUGCUGCCUUGGCACGUAAGACUGUAUAAGGGAGGUCGCAAUGGCGACUCUGCCUUGUUCAGCGCUCACGAACUUGAAGCUAAGAAGAAGGAAUGGAAUCAAAGUACUGGGGAACAAUCUCAGAAGCCACGCUGGGAGGUUUUCGGUCGGGACAAUGCUGUUCAAAAUGCAUACCUUGCUCAAGAGAGACAGCAUGCGCUUACUAAGAAGAUGAAGACUUCUCGCGAGGCCGUUCAGUACGCUUCCCGUCACGCAAAUCCUACACCUACUGCUUUGUUUGGCGCCGCGGCGGCUCAGCCAGCUCAGAGUAAUAGCUUAUUUCGUAAUCUGGAACAAGCGGAUCUCACACAGAGGGCACGAAAGAGUGGUGGUGCCCCAACCUGGAACGGUCAUUCAUCCCAUGAAGAGAUGGAAGAAGAUGAUGGAGAUCAAGGAUUUGCAUUAUUCGAUGACGAUGAGGCACCUAAUAAGUCACUUACCUUCGAAGAAGGAGCUUGGGAGGAAUCAGGUCUGACGACAACAUACGACAUCCCCGGUCUUAAGACAAUCUCCCCCAGCAAUUCAACCAUCAAGCACAAGAUUGCCAAGAUCGACUUCAAGAACGUCGUCUUCUCUCACAUCGUCAUUGGCAAGCUUCGUCAAGUUGCUUUCCUAAAGGCCCGUCUUCGAAAUACCUCCAAGAUCACCUUGCUCAAGGGUCCUUUGGGAUUGACUCUGGAUAGCUCCUUCCUCGGUCAAGCAUCCUUCCCUCGUUGUUCAUCUGGUGAGACUUUCUCCCUUCCACUUGGUGUUGAUCCCGCCAUCAACAUCAACUACCCCAAGCCAACUGUUCGACGUAGCCAGACUGGCAUCUUCAGCAAGGAGGAUACAAAUGUAUUCACUCGUUCCAUGACCAUCAUGAACACCAAGCAUAACGCUGCCAUUGACCUCACUGUUCUUGAUCAAAUUCCGGUCUCGGAGGAUGAGAGAUUGAAGAUUGAGAUUACGAAUCCCAGAGGAUUGAAGGCUGGUGGAGAAGGUGUUCGUGCUGGACAGCCUACUACGUUCGGCCCACAAACUUUGAGCAGAGGCACCGCCAAAGAGAUCCGUGCCAGUGUUCAAGGAAUGGAGACACCUAAGGAUGUCAAGUGGGGUAGUGCUGUUGCCACUGCCAAGAAGGGAGGAGAGAUUGCUUGGAAUGUCAAGUUGAAUCCGGGUCAAGGUGUCAAGUUGAUGCUUGAGUAUGAAGCCUGCUUCCCUGGUGGCGAGACGGUGGCCGUCGCGCAACAGCAGGCACAGGCAGGGAGUCGUGGCUCUAAUACCACGGGAGGUGCUCAAGCACCGGGAAUGGGAAUGGGCAUGCCCUUGGGAUCUGCGCUUUCUGCCCAAAUGGUCAGUCAAUGCUUGCAUCAGCAAGGAACAGAUAGUGACGAGUUACAGGGCCAACGUCUCGACAUAUACCAGGGGAUGCAAGCACCACUGGUCACGGUGUCAUUCGGACACCAACAACAACACCAUUCCGGGCUGGCAGGUCAAUUCAGCCUCCCACCGACGGGAAUGGGGUAUGCACCUGUGGAGGGUGGGAAUCGAUCGCGGGGUAAGAACAACACCUCCAAGAAGGUCAAUCCUUUCUGUGACCCCGACGCGCUAUGCGCUGAGUGCGGCUCCUUGGUGCAUCAACUGGGUAACCACCCCAACCCAAAUCACUCAUCAGGAGUGCUCAGGGGCUGCGCUCGAUGCAACACCAAGGAGCACUCUUAUUGGACGUGUCCAAAGAUGGACUGGACGGAGAAGAAGAAGAAGCAAUACCACUUCUUCCGCCGUUGCAGAGAAGGGCGUUGUCCCUUGGAGUUCCAUGGUGACUUUAGGGAAAUUAUAAACCCUCAGGGCAAGUUCACCUUGGAACACAUGCCAUUGACCCCGGAUUUUGCUCUGCGAAAUCCAUACCCGAACGAGCAGCAAUUCCGGUCACCCAGGAACGGGGGAGAUCCGACUCUCAAGGUUGACCCCUUCUGGAGCAGCGCAAACCCCUGGCAAAACCUGAGGUCUCUGGCAUUCAGUGGCGCCCGCGUCAGUGAAGAGGAUGGGAGAUUCUGGGAUCGGCGCGCUGGAGCUCGCAGAGGUGAUCUUUGGGAGCAGCUGCGACAAGAACAGCAGCAGCAGCAGCACCCACAAGAAGCUCCGGUGCAGACGGCCGAGGCCUUCGCAGAGCUCAAGGCCCAACUCGCUUCUAUGGCCAAGUCUUUGGAUGAGAUCCAGCGCGGCGGGGUCAGUGCUGGUAGCGUGAAGAAGGAGGAGGACGACGAUCACAAGCGCAGCGACAUUGCCCAGUCAAUGCUAGAUCCCCAACCUGGCCGGGUCGCUGGUGGUGUAGUGAAGAAGGAAGAGGAGGAUGAGAACAACGUCUCAGACUACCCCAUAGCACCUCAUGCCCCCUCUCCCAGCUCCCAGGCUAGGUUCAUGCUUGGAUCUAGUGCCUCUCGUGGGAACGAUUCUCGACCCUCUGGCUUUAGUGGUGUUCGCCCUGCUACAGGUAACUUCCAGCAGGGCCCUUGCCAUCACUGCCAGGGACCUCACUUCAAGAGAGACUGUCCUCAACUGAAGGCCAAGCUCAAGGCUCGAGGGGAUCGCGCUCCUGGCGGGGAUCGUGGGAAUCGUCGUGGCAGGGAUCGUCGUGGCAGAGGCGGUGGGAGCAGCUCCAAGGACGCGUUUGUUGCUCACACGUCUGGUUCAAACCAAGUCACUUUCGAGUUCAACUUCGCAUUUACGCUCUCCAAUACUGCUGCCUGCUGUCAACCACGAAACAGUCCUCCUCCCGCCAUCUUCCUUUCAAGAACCACCUGUCUAUUUCUCGAAGAAAGUGAUUCAACUGUCACUAUGCCACUUACCUGCCGCCACUGCAAGAAGCAGUUCAUUGACGCCGAUGCUCUAAGCAAGCAUAAAGAUGCUGUCCACGAUUGGUCCUGCAACUACUGUGAUGAAAUUUCCCUUUCCAAUCCAGAGUCGUUCGUUAACGAAAUCGACCUCAUACAACACAACGAAGCAAAGCAUAACUUCAAAUGCAAGUACUGCGAUCGAGUCUGCAAGACCGAAGAAGCGAGAUACCAGCAUGAGAACUCGCCCGCACACAUCUUGAAGUGCACGAAGUGUAUCAAAGUGUACAAGACGGAAACGGGCCGCGAAAGCCAUUACAACUCGACUCACGUUUACACGUGCGAUACUUGCAACUCCACCUUCGAUGCAAGAAAAGCCCUCGAUAAGCACAAUACGAUUGCUCAUCGGAUCCCUUGUCAACACUGUAUCAAGGUGUUCAAGAAUACUGAAGACCUUGAAGUCCAUGUCACGGAGUUUCACUCGUUCAGAUGCAAGAAGUGCUCAAGGAUCUUCGAGACUGAUGAGAAUUUGCAGAAGCACAUGGCAGACGACCACGUCUUCAGGUGCACAAAAUGCCCAAGGACUUUCGGUUCAGAGAUUGGGCACAGUAUCCACUACACUACCACACAUUCUUUCAAGUGUGAAACAUGUAAAGUGGUCUUCAAUACACUGCGCGAGAAGGACGACCAUGCGAAAGCUAUGCAUAGCAUCACCUGCACCAAAUGCCAGGCAGCAUUCGACAACCAAGAGCUCCUCAAAAUCCAUGUGACCAAGAUGCAUGUAUUCAAGUGCAAGAAAUGUGCCAUGGAGUUUGAAAGCACGGCGGUACUUUCUCAACACUUCGCAUCUUCGCACAUCUUGAAAUGUCCUUUAUGCCCAGAAGCAUUUGAGACGGUCGAGGCCCGGACUACGCACUUUCGUAUUUCACACGAAUACGAAUGUCAUGUAUGCAAAGAAACUUUCGCAACUCUUCAGGCUCUGGCCGAACAUUCCAGGACUCACCAACGCAACUGCGAAGAGUGUGAUGCUUCUUUCGACAGCGAAAUUGCACUUAACAGGCACAAGACAUCACACAAAUAUCGAUGUAUGAAGUGCUUAGAGGCAUCCGACAGCCUCGGUGGUCUUCAAGGCCAUACUAUACUGGCACACUCGAGAGAGGCGUUGUUGAAGUGCAGUGCUUGUGCAGCACUCUUCAGGGAAGAGAAUGAGCUUGCCGACCAUGUUAAGUCACACGAGGCAUCGACCAAGGUAAGUGCGGAUUCCCUCGGCAGCGAUGUCCAGUGUCCGGAAUGUCGUCAGUCCUUCAAUACUUCGGGCUUGUUAAAAGCACACUACCUCGAUACACAUUUCUUCAAAUGCUCAAUCUGCCCGUCGGCGAUCUUCACUGAUGAGAAGUCUUGCGAUGAACAUAUCAAGGCGUAUCAUGAGCUUAAGAAAGAUGACCUGAGCUUGGUGAAUGCGGCUGUGAAGUAUCCCUGCUCCAAUUGCGGUACAACAUAUGACUUCCCAAUUGAGUUGGCCACUCAUGUAUUGCAAACUCACUUUCUCCGUUGCAAGCAUUGUUCUGGAUUAAGAUUCUCCACUCUGCAAGAACUAUCGGAGCACACGGCCCAGAGCCAUAUGCCUGUAUCAGUUUUCAGCAGCAGCACGCAGACUGAAGCGAUGACAGACAUCUCCGUCACCGAAAAGCUGGGAUUCAGCAGCUGCAGUACCGACAACUCCGAUGGUUCUUCACAGGAUGCUCAUUCAUCCCAUGAAGCCGAGCAAAGUCAGGUGUAUAAGUUGCCAUCUUACGAGACAAAAGCUAUGCAGACUACCGAGUUCAAGUGCGACGAAUGUGUCACUGUGUUUGAAAACGAGGAGGAACUGGAUGUGCAUAUGGAUCACUCGCCAUUUCAUGGGGCACCAGCCCUGUUCUGCACUGAAUGUCACAUUGGCCCUUUCCGCGACCAGAUUGAGCUACUCAAGCACAUCGAGUCAAAGCCACAUAAGACUCAGUGGGUUCUGAGCAUGAUCUAG